ACAGAAUCUCGUCUCCCGGAGCACUAACCAGGUUGGUUCAGAGCGCAGCCCCGCUUCCUCUUUGAGCUUUGCGCUUCUGCCUCUGCACAUCUCUCCUCUUCUUGGGCUCAGCUCCCUGCUCCCUUGCCUUUCAGUCCCUUUCCCUCUUUUCUGCUUACACUGUUCACUUUCUCUGCGCCCCCCCCUCCCCACCGCUUUGUUAUUCAGCAUGUCUGAUUAGCAGGAGUCUGAUUGGCUGGCUGCCUGCUCUAGAGAGAUUCCAUUCAGCUUACCCCCCACCCAUCCACCCACCCACCCUCGCUCAGGAAAUGUGAGCGGGGCUGAUGGAAGCUGAUAGGCAGGACUGGAGUGUGAGCCACAGCACUGGAUGUGACAGCAGCGGGCAGAGGAGCACUUAGCAGCUUAUUCAGUGUCCGAUUCGGAUUCCGGCAAAGAUCCAAGUAUGGAAUGCUGCCGUCGGGCAGCUCCUGGCACACCGCUGCUCUUUCUGGCUUUCCUACUCCUGAGUUCCAGGACUGCACGCUCAGAGGAAGACCGUGAAGGCCUCUGGGAUGCCUGGGGCCCUUGGAGUGAGUGUUCCCGCACCUGUGGCGGAGGUGCCUCCUAUUCCCUGAGACGCUGCCUGAGCAGCAAGAGCUGUGAAGGAAGAAAUAUUCGAUACAGAACAUGCAGUAAUGUGGACUGCCCACCAGAAGCAGGUGAUUUCCGAGCUCAACAGUGUUCUGCUCAUAAUGAUGUCAAGUACCAUGGCCAGUUUUAUGAAUGGCUUCCUGUAUCUAAUGACCCUGACAAUCCAUGUUCACUCAAGUGCCAAGCAAAAGGAACCAGCCUGGUUGUUGAACUAGCACCGAAGGUCUUAGAUGGUACUCGAUGCUAUACAGAAUCACUGGACAUGUGCAUCAGCGGCCUAUGCCAAAUCGUUGGCUGUGAUCACCAGCUGGGAAGCACCGUCAAGAAAGAUAACUGUGGAGUCUGCAGUGGAGAUGGCUCGACCUGCCGGCUGGUCCGAGGGCAGUAUAAAUCUCAGCUCUCUGCAAGUAAAUCGGAUGACACCGUGGUCGCCAUUCCGUAUGGCAGCAGACACAUCCGCCUUGUCUUAAAGGGGCCAGAUCAUUUGUAUCUGGAAACCAAGACGCUCCAGGGGACUAAAGGUGAAAACAGUCUGAGCUCUACAGGCACUUUCCUUGUGGACAAUUCUACAGUGGACUUCCAGAAACUUCCAGACAAAGAGAUACUGAGGAUGGCUGGGCCACUGACAGCAGAUUUCAUCGUCAAGAUCCAUGACUUGGGACCUGCAGACAGCACGGUCCAGUUCAUCUUCUACCAGCCUAUCAUCCACCGAUGGAGGGAAACAGACUUCUUUCCUUGCUCAGCAACCUGUGGUGGAGGUUACCAGCUGACAUCUGCCGAGUGCUAUGACCUUCGGAGUAGCCGCGUGGUGGCCGACCAGUACUGUCAGUACUACCCCGAGAACAUCAAGCCCAAACCCAAGCUUCAGGAGUGCAACCUGGAUCCUUGUCCAGCCAGUGACGGAUACAAGCAGAUCAUGCCUUAUGACCUCUACCAUCCCCUUCCUCGGUGGGAGGCCACCCCGUGGACCGCAUGCUCCUCCUCCUGUGGGGGGGGCAUCCAGAGCCGGGCAGUUUCCUGUGUGGAGGAGGACAUCCAGGGGCAUGUCACUUCAGUGGAAGAGUGGAAAUGCAUGUACACCCCAAAGAUGCCAGUCGUGCAGCCCUGCAACAUUUUUGACUGCCCUAAAUGGCUGGCACAGGAGUGGUCUCCGUGCACAGUGACCUGUGGCCAGGGCCUCAGAUACCGUGUGGUGCUCUGCAUUGACCACCGUGGAAUGCACACAGGAGGCUGCAGUGCGAAAACAAAGCCCCACAUAAAAGAAGAAUGCAUCAUUCCCACACCCUGCUACAAGCCCAGAGAGAAACUUCCAAUAGAGGCCAAACUGCCAUGGUUCAAGCAAGCCCAGGAGCUAGAAGAAGGAGCUGCCGUGUCUGAAGAGCCUUCGUUCAUCCCAGAAGCUUGGUCUGCCUGUACUGUCACCUGUGGCAUGGGAACCCAGGUGCGAACAAUAAGAUGCCAGGUGCUCCUGCCUUUCUCUCAGUCUGUGGCUGACCUGCCUGCGGAUGAAUGCGAAGGGCCCAAGCCAGCAUCGCAACGUGCCUGUUAUGCGGGACCGUGCAACGGGGAAACUCCCGAAUUUAACCCAGAUAAUGGAGACGGACUCUUGGGUGGCCUGCAGGACCUGGACGAGCUGUAUGACUGGGAAUAUGAGGGCUUCACCAAGUGCUCUGAGUCAUGUGGAGGAGGUGUCCAGGAGGCUGUGGUGAGCUGCCUGAACAAACAGACCCGGGAGCUCGCUGAUGAGAACCUGUGUGUGACCAGCCGACGGCCCCCACAGCUCCUGAAAUCCUGUAACUUGGAUCCCUGCCCAGCAAGGUGGGAAGUUGGCAAGUGGAGUCCAUGUAGCCUCACCUGUGGGGUUGGCCUGCAGACCAGAGAUGUCAUCUGUUCCCACCUACUCUCCAGAGAGAUGAACGAGGUGGUUGUCCUGGCUGAUGAGCUGUGCCAUCACCCCAAACCCAGCACAGUACAAGCCUGCAACCGCUUCAAUUGCCCCCCAGCCUGGUACCCUGCACAAUGGCAGCUGUGUUCCAGAACCUGUGGAGGAGGGAUUCAGAAACGUGAUGUUCUUUGCAAGCAACGUAUGGCUGAUGGCAGCUUCCUGGAGCUCCCAGAGACCUUUUGUUCAGCCUCCAAACCAACCUCCCAGCAAGUGUGCAAGAAAGAUGACUGCCCCAGUGAGUGGCUUCUCUCAGACUGGUCAGAGUGCUCUGUGAGCUGUGGGGAGGGCACCCAGACUCGAAGUGCCAUUUGCCAGAGGAUGCUGAAAACUGGAGUCUCCACUGUUGUCAAUUCCACUCUAUGCCCUCCCUUGCCCUUCUCUUCCUCCAUCAGACCCUGUAUGCUGGCAACCUGUGCAAGGCCUGGAAGGCCUACCACCAAGCACGGCCCUCACAUAGCAGCUGCACGAAACAUAUACAUCCAGACCCGCAGGCAGAGGAAGCUGCAUUUCGUUGUGGGAGGAUUUGCUUACCUGCUUCCUAAGACUACAGUUGUGCUCCGGUGUCCCACACGCAGAUUCCGCAAGCCCCUCAUCACCUGGGAGAAGGACGGUCAGCACAGCAUAAGCUCCGCUCAUGUCACUGUCGCUCCUUUUGGCUACCUGAAGAUCCAUCGCCUCAAGCCCUCAGAUGCGGGCAUCUACACCUGUUCUGCAGGGCCCGCCCGGGAGCAAUUUGUGAUUAAGCUCAUUGGAGGCAACCGCAAGCUCGUGGCCAGACCCCUGAGCCUUUGGAGUGAGGAAGAGGAGGCCCUGCAGGUGAGGAAGCCCAAUCCAAAGGAGGCCUUGCAAACACACAAACACCAAAAUGGCAUCUUCUCUAAUGGCAGCAAAGCUGAGAAGCGUGGCCUCACCGCAGAUCCUGGGAACCGCUAUGAUGACAUUGUGUCAAGGCUGUUGGAGCAGGGUGGCUGGCCAGGAGAGCUCCUGGCCUCAUGGGAGAUACAGGACUCCGCAGAAAGGAACGCAUCCUCGGAAGAGGAUCCCAAUGCUGAACAGGCCCUCCUGCAUCUCCCCUUCACCAUGGUGGCAGAGCAGAAGCGUCUGGAUGACAUCCUCAGGAACCUGUCUCAGCAGCCAGAGGAGCUACGGGACCUCUACAGCAAGCACCUGGUGGCGCAGCUGGCCCAGGACAUCUUCCGAAGUCAUCUGGAGAACCAGGAUAUGCUUCACAAGCCCUCUGAGCAGAGGUUUCCUCCCAUGGCCAUCCCACCUCACAAACAUGUUUCUAGUUUCAGCAGCUCCCUUCGGAGCUCAUCUGGAGAGGCUGGGGGUGGUUCCCGCAGGCCUCACCGCAAACCCACCAUCUUGCGGAAGAUCUCGGCAGCACAGCAACUCUCAGCCUCUGAGGUAGUCACCCACCUGGGGCAGACUGUGGCUCUAGCCAGCGGGACCCUGAGUGUGCUUCUGCAUUGUGAGGCGGCAGGCAACCCAAGGCCUGCCAUCCACUGGACCAGGAAUGGAGAAGCUGUUCAGUUCGGUGACAGGAUUCUUCUACAGCCAGAUGAUUCCUUACAGAUCUUGGCACCAGUGGAAGCUGAUGUGGGUUUCUAUACUUGCAAUGCCACAAAUGCCUUGGGAUAUGACUCUGUCUCCAUUGCUGUCACAUUAGCAGGAAAGCCACUAGUGAAAACAUCCCGAAUGACUGUGCUCAACACAGAGAAGCCUACAGUCACAGUGGACAUCGGUGGCACCGUCAGAACCAUCCAAAGAGUGAACGUGACAAUCAACUGCCAAGUGGCAGGUGUACCUGAAGCUGAAGUCACUUGGUUCAGAAAUAAAAGCAAAUUGGGUUCCUCCCACCAUCUGCACGAGGGCUCCUUGCUGCUCACAAAUGUGUCCUUCUCUGACCAAGGCCUCUAUUCCUGCAGGGCAGCCAAUCUACAUGGAGAACAGACAGAGAGCACACAGCUCCUGAUUCUAGAUCCCCCCCAAGUCCCCACACAGUUGGAAGACAUCAGGGCCUUGCUCUUAGCCACUGGACCGAACCUUCCUUCAGUGCUUAUGUCCCCUCUGGGAACACAGCUGGUCCUGGAUCCUGGGAAUUCCGCUCUCCUUGGCUGCCCCAUCAAAGGUCACCCUACCCCCAAUAUCACCUGGUUCCAAAAUGGCCAGCCAAUUGCCACUGCCCCAGAGUUGACCCACCACAUCUGGGGAGCUGGACAGAUCCUCCAUGUUGCAAAUCUCAGUGGAGGACCUCAAGGGGAGUUCAGCUGCCUGGCUCAGAAUGAAGCAGGGACACUCGUGCAGAAAGCAUCUUUGGUGAUCCAAGAUUACUGGUGGUCAGUGGAUAGACUGGCGACCUGCUCAGCAUCUUGUGGUAACAGAGGUGUUCAUCAGCCACGCCUCAAGUGUUUGCUGAACAACACAGAGGUUGACCCUGAGCACUGUGCAGGGAAGCCUCGGCCUGCUGUGCAGCUUGUUGCCUGCAAUCGGAGGGACUGUCCUUCUCGAUGGAUGGUGACUUCCUGGUCUGCCUGUACUCGGAGCUGUGGUGGAGGUGUUCAGACCCGAAGGGUGACCUGUCAGAAGUUGAAGGCUUCUGGUAUUUCCACCCCAGUGUCCAAUGACAUGUGCACACAACUGUCCAAACGGCCUGUGGACACCCAAGCCUGUAACCAGCAGCUGUGUGUGGAAUGGGCUUUCUCCAGCUGGGGCCAGUGCAACGGACCUUGCAUAGGCCCUCGUCUUGCUGUGCAGCACAGACAAGUCUUCUGCCAGACCCGGGAUGGCAUCACCUUACCAUCAGAGCAGUGCAGUGCCCUCCCCAGGCCUGUGAGCACCCAAAACUGCUGGUCAGAGGCCUGCAGUGUACACUGGAGGGUCAGCCUCUGGACCCUGUGCACAGCAACCUGUGGCAACUAUGGCUUCCAGUCCCGGCGGGUGGAGUGUGUUCACGUGCGCACCAACAAGGCUGUGCCUGAGCACCUGUGUUCCUGGGGGCCCCGACCCGCCAACUGGCAACGCUGCAACAUCACUCCAUGUGAAAACAGUACGUUCCAAUCCCAAAGAACAUUCUGCAAAUUCCCCACAGGUCAUCGGGUACAGAGGGCAAUCCCUGGGACUGAACCUGAACACAGGGCACUGGAUCAAGAAGUUCCCUAAGGAUUGUGAGCUCGGGUCAGAAUUGAACAUUUUAGGUGGGGUACACGGGUGUGUGCAAGGAUGUGUAUACACAUGUUCAGACCACAAAAGAUGCCAGGAUGUGUCCCAAGGGCUUCCUCUGUCUUCAUCCUGAGCCCUAAAAGAGCCAAGGGCUGGAUAAAAUUGGCCUCCAACACACCUGCAGUCUACCUUGAAGAAGCACGCAGAAUGCCCGCCACUCAGCCAGCUCUGCACCCAUCACUGUUGUGCCUCACACCAGACAAGGACCUGCUGACCCCCUCCUUCCCAGCCCAUGCACAUCCACUGGAAAGGAACAGGAGACUGUGCCCUGACAGUCAUCCAUUCACCCCACCCUCAGGUCUGGAGCCUCUCCGCCCCAUACCAGUAUUUGUAUUCUAGUCGGGUAGGGAUCUAGUCUCUUCUCCUUAGAACCCGAAACCCAAGUGGGAGAUAUUCCCCCACAAAAAAUGAUGAUAAAUCUUUGCAAAGAAUAGACAAUAAGAGAUAGGAGUCUAACCGCCCCCUCACUAAACUUCACUGGGCAGUCAUUUCCCAACACUGAGGCAGAAAGCCUGUAGGCACGUGGCCCACACUCUUCUGACAUACUGGGAGAUGUGUGAUGUAUACUCUGGUGAAGUGCUGGUGUUGCUAUCAGAUGGUUGCCAUGUUCAGAAAGUACUGGCUCACAGAGCAAGGAGUUACCGAGCUUACCAGCUACAGGCUGCACUGGUGUUUAAGAACUGAAUGCCAGUGUCUGGGAGUCCUGGUGUACUGAAGAAUGAGAGGCCUCUGAAUAAAGAAAAGAAAGCUGAACAGGGAGAGGUCCAAGCCUGAUGACACGGACCUUUCAACCAGGUCCUUGCUUGCACACUCUCACAAGGAACAGAAUUCUGCCCUUUCGGGAGCAUUCCUCACUAAAAUAACAAAAGCCCAUGGGGGGAAGAAAGCAGAGAGAUGAGGUUAUCCCAAGAGGAAGGAGAGUAAAAUUACCAGUCUGAAGUAGAAGUAGCCAUCAUUAGGAAGCAAAGAAGGCCCUGAGAUAGCCCAGUCAAUCAGCCUAACGGCUGCAAGCUGGUGGGGAGGGAAGGGUAGAGGGCUGAGCACUGCCAGAGGAAAGGCUGUCCAGACGGGCUGGAAAGCCAUGGUUGGGGUAGACCCCACAGGCAGCUUGCCGAGUGCCUAGGCUGGUCAGCAGCAGCUGCAUCUGUGAGUUGUUUCACAUCUCCUUUCUGUCCCCCUCCUCCCCUCCUGCUUUCCCAGCUGAGUGCAGAGACACCACCAGGUACUGCGAGAAGGUGAGACAGUUGAAACUCUGCCAGCUCGGCCAGUUCCGAUCUCGCUGCUGUGGAACGUGUGGCAAAGCAUGAAGACAGGGUACAGGGAUGAACUCUACCCUGGCCACACAAAGGACUCAUACAACCACCUUGGACAUGACUUACGCUUUCUUCCUUUUAUUUAUUUAUUUGCCCCUCCCCACACUCCCAUGUCCACCUGCACCCAUGCUCCUGAGGACCUUGGCAUGUUUGCUUAUUGCGCUAGCUGGAGGCAAGUGUUGAGAACAGAAAAGGAGACGUCUAAAGGAGGUUGCAGAGCAGGCCAGGCAGACAGCAGCUCCCUUGCAGAGCUGGCUCCUUCCCAAUCAGGGUCUCAGAGACACAGAAAUAGCAAGCCAUAAUCUAUAGGGACAGUAAGGAGUUUGUAACACAUAGACACAGGCACAGGCCAAUAGGAGUGCUGUUCCUUUGUUUCCUGGUGUUAAGAACAGGGGAGCAGCAUAUUAGAGCAGAAACAAGGCUAGAAUCCAGUUCUCUGGCGGCAGGGUGGGAAACCAAGAGAGAAGAGAACUGAAGUGUAGGCAGGUGGGUUACACCAAAAGAGACAAGCAAAAUAGGCAGAAGGCACAGAGCUAUGCAUUAGACCGAGGCUGGGAAGAGGGAGGGAAGGGAAGCUUGUGUGUGCUCCUCAGUGGGAGGAGCUUGGAGACAGGAUUGAUUUUCAAGCAGCCACAUGAGAUGCAUAUGACAAGCCUGUGCACUUGGUACAUUUGCACAGUCCUGUAGGUUCAACGGAGGUGGGAAGGAUAUUCAGGGCACCCGUGCUGCAUGGCAGAAGGUGUGCCCUUCAUGCGGUUAUACAAGUGGCUCUCUACUCCCUCUUGUAUCAAGUGACUUUUGUGUCUGCAGCUGUGGAAAACGCAACAAGGAGUCAGUAAGGCAGUAAGGCUGCCCCUGUCAUCUCCUCACUGAAAUCAAGGGUCACUAGCCCUAAACUAACUGCUGCUGUGGGAUGGGCAUUUGAGCAUGAGUCUUCCCGUUUUUCCACCUGAGUGACUUUGCUACUCCAUGUUGGGCCAGGGGCUAGAACCAUCGCUCACAAAGGAUUCAUUAAGCAACCUGUUUGCUGGCAAACAUCUACAGGGUGUGGGAACUCUUGCUACCAGAGCUAGCCAGAGAGCAGGAGAGGGUAGAGGGGUCAUGCACACCCAUAGCGAGGUGUCUCCCAGUCAUCACACAGUGGGCCUAGGAGCCCUUCCUGAACCACAGAGGAGCUGCUGUGCGUCACAUCUAUGCAGCAGGCUGGGAGUAGGGAGUGUGAUAAGGUGCUCUGGCAAAGCCAGAAGAUAGCAAGAGACUCACAACAUGGCCCUCAAAAGCUUUCUACCUAUCCUCCUCGCUACACGGAUACUAUGGUAAUUAACACACCAGACUGGGUGAAUGGACCGCUCAGCAGGCUAAGCAGCACACACACUUCAGCAACACGCAUCGGCUACAGCGACGGCUAAAACAGAAGCCCAUGGCAAAUCCUCAGUCAGCAGAGAAGCUUCAACAGUAAUAUCUGCCUUGGUAUAGCAGAUGAGGCAGGCAGAGCCCCGUAGCCAUCAGAGAAGCCACCCCUCACAAACACACUCACCAAAUGCUGUCACUCCAAGGUCACCACCGACAUCAGGGCUGCAUUUCCCAGCCAGCCUGGAAAUUAGGUUUGGAAGACGAUGUUAAUCUGUGUCUUCCUAGGACAUUAUGGACAACUAGGGUGGGCCAUCUUCCUCAUCACAAAAAUAGGCUCUAAGAAAUUGCGUUAUUAAAAGUCAGUGUAAUGUUUAUUUAAAAUUAAAGAGAGUGUUUCUAUGUAUAUCUUUUGUGAAUAUUUAUUAGGAUUUCUUGUAUUAAAAAGUGCAAUAUUAGUAAUUGUACAUUGUCAUCCAGAAAAACAAGUCUUUGGGGGAUUUUAUUAACUUCCUGCAGCUGUGUUCCUAAAAACUCUGUGGGCCAUAAUUGUAUUCUUCCUAAUUUUAAAAGAAACAAAACAGAUGUUUAACUCUGAUCCACUGUGUACAGAGUACCUUGUAAAAGCUAAUGUGGGAUUGGGGGAGAGCAAUAGAAUCGAUUUGUUUGUGACACUAGUUAUACAUAAAACGAACACAGAUUCUGUAAUACCGAUACAGUUGAUUAGUUCAGUAGCUAUUAAAAAUCGGUGGUCAGUGUUUGAACUUUUAUAAUAAGCAGGCAUCUUCCAGCUCUGCCACCUGUCAGAAUGUGAGGUUGGAAGUGCCUUUCAGAACAAGUCGGAGAGCUUAGGUUUGGAGUGGAAAGCAGUGUGCUCCUUGCAUGACAUGAAUGUACAUUUAAUAUUUGUUCUGUGAAUUGUGACUCAGCAGUACCACAAAUUAUCGGGGCUGCUGGAUAAUGCAGAAGGAGACACUUCCUCCUCUAAAACACAAAACUGUAUUUAUAUUUUUUGUACAGAUAAUACAGCUUAUUUAUUUAAA